AUGGCUGCUCUCUCUGCCUUGCUGAAGACCUGGGUGAUACUGCAGACCUUGUGCCUGGCUCUGGCCCAAGUGAGGGGUCCACCUGGACCUCAGGGCCAGCCAGGCUUACCAGGCCCCUCUGGCACUCCUGGGUCAGAUGGCAUUGAUGGAGACAAAGGACCUCCAGGCCCCCCUGGCCCACCAGGGCUAAAGGGAGAGCCAGGAGAGGCAGGUCCUGAUGGUCCACCAGGGGAGAAUGGCAUUGAUGGUUUGAUCGGAGCAAAGGGUGAUCGAGGUCCUAUCGGGAGCCCUGGCCCAAAGGGUCAACCAGGUCCAAGUGGUGAGCCCGGACCUCCAGGGUCCGGUCUUCCUGGUCUGGCUGGCACUCCGGGGCCAAUUGGUCUUCCUGGUGAAAUCGGGCCAACUGGAUCAAAGGGUGCCAUGGGACCACCUGGACCUCCAGGGCUUCCUGGACCUCCUGGCAAACCAGGUCCUCCAGGCAAGUUCAUUGGUGGAGAGGAGGGCAGCGCAGACUUCCAGUGUCCUCUUAACUGUCCAGCAGGACCUAAAGGCCCCCAGGGACUGCAGGGAGUCAAGGGACACAAAGGACGCGCUGGUGUUCUCGGAGAGCCCGGUAGCAUAGGAAAACUGGGCACCAAGGGAGAAAUAGGCAUCUCUGGGGAACAAGGCAUCCCAGGACCUCCGGGUCCAAUGGGUCUAAGGGGUUAUCCGGGGAUGAUGGGUCCCAAAGGAGAGGCAGGCCCUCGUGGUUACAAGGGCAUCAACGGACCUGUUGGAAUUCCUGGGCCUCCUGGUGAGGAGGGACCUCAGGGACCACCUGGAGAGGCAGGAGACAAGGGAGACAAAGGCAGUCGAGGUAUCCAGGGCCCACAGGGUGCGGUUGGCAAAAAGGGAGAGAAUGGUCUGCCGGGUAUUGAUGGAAAAGAUGGCACACCUGGUAUUCCUGGAAUCAAGGGUGGCCCUGGGCAGGCUGGGAUGCCUGGUCCUCCUGGUCCUCAGGGAGCAGCAGGAUUACCUGGCAGCCCAGGAGCAAAGGGGGGAGCUGGAGCUAAGGGAGAACCUGGACCUAGGGGUCAUGUUGGCAUGCCUGGUGCCUCUGGACCUCUGGGUGAGCCUGGUCUUCCUGGUGAGGCUGGUAUGGAAGGAGUCCCUGGACCCAAGGGUGACAGAGGCCAGCGGGGAGCAGUCGGACCACAGGGAGUCGUGGGCAAGCCUGGAGGCAAAGGAGAAAGAGGGCCCAUUGGUGUCCCCGGUGCCCAGGGUCUGAGUGGAACUAAAGGAGACAAGGGCUUCCAAGGAAAAGUCGGGUCAAAAGGAGACUUUGGUGACCCUGGCGUUGAGGGAUUGGCUGGCGAGAAAGGUGAAAAGGGUUUGUCUGGCGAACCUGGGCCCAAAGGACAGCAAGGAAUUAGGGGUGACACUGGACACAAUGGGCCUACCGGAGACCCUGGUAAACCAGGAGACCUGGGACCAUCAGGGCUACCUGGUCCCAGGGGGCUUAAUGGAGAGCGAGGAGUACCUGGCAUGCCAGGCAUUCAGGGAUCACCAGGACGUGAUGCAUCUGACCAGCAUAUUAUCGAAGUGGUGCUGAAGAUGUUGCAGGAGAGGCUAGCAGCAGUGGCGGUGAGCGCCAAGAGGGCUGUGCUUGGCGGUGCAGGUGUAAUGGGACCUCCUGGGCCUCCCGGACCUCCAGGGGCAUCUGGCCCUCAGGGUCCACAUGGCUUACCUGGUGCACGUGGCAUCCCUGGUAUCAUUGGAGCACCUGGGCAGAUUGGAAACACAGGGCUUAAAGGAAAGAGAGGGGCAAAGGGGGAGAGAGGAGAUCCGGGUAAACCUCACCCAGGACCACCAGGACCCCCAGGAAUACAAGGUCCUCCUGGUGUUGAUGGUGUGGCUCGGGACGGUAGGCCGGGCGAGAGAGGACCUCAGGGAUCAGCCGGAGAGGCUGGUCGCCCCGGUAAGGCGGGCUCGCAAGGUCUCCCAGGCUUCUGCGAGGCGGCGAUGUGUCUGGCUGCGUCAGCGUACACCUCACCGAGACUACAGGAGGCGGGAACAAUCAAAGGACCCAAUGUUUAG